UCUGACUGGUGACAUUGCUAAUAUUACCAUGAGUCCCAGACAGGAACACUGGGGUCAUCUAAAACCCCUGGAUUCGCACCUCGGAUUGUCUGCGAUGUUGUGCAAUCAUCUGUUCCAUUACUUCCUCUUCUGACGUGCGUGGGGACUGAGGCAAAGUGACGGGGAAGAGGGGCUGAGCCGAGAGCGUAUACACAACGCAGCGAUACUUUUCUGAAACUUGGGAGACACCGACAAAACUUGGGUCGUGGAACCUACGCUAUCAUGUCAUGAGGAGUAUUUUUUGGAUUUUGGUUCUCAACAUUCAGAGAAGACUGGGAUUUCAGUCCGGGGAGGAUGGGUCGUUUUCAUGAAUCACAGGCACCUUGUUGAACCUUACCGGAUCACUCCAGAGAACUGCACUGCUUACUGUAGUAAAAGAGCCCUGCCAGUGGAGAUGGUACAGUGGAUCUCAGUGCUGGUAGCAUGCCUUUGUACCCAGGUUCAUGUCACCUACGCUGCCCUCGACUGCCCUAGUGAGAAGCGAAAAGGUGCAGACUUCUCCGUGGCCUACACACCACAAUUCCAGUUUCAAACUAACAAACCCAUUCAAAACAUAGUGGUCAAUCGGGAUCCGAACGAGGUUUACUUGACCUCGCAAAAUGUCCUCGAGGCGGUGGAUUUCAACUUUGUGAAGAAAUGGCAGGUACGGACUGGUCCUGUCGGAAGUCCUGAAUGUGAGACUUGUAACUGUGGUAUUGAAAUAGACCCCAACUCGCCUGUGGAUACAGACAACCAAGUGUUGCUCUUGGACUCACUGUCGUUCCCGCCUGCACUGUACACCUGCGGCAGCACCCAGUACGGGGUGUGCCACCUCUAUUUCCUCGAAGAAGAUGGGAGGCCUCCCUCUCCCAAGUGCCUCUACAAGAAGGAGAAAAACUCAGCUGCCUUCUGCCCCUCUUGCAUCGCCAGUCCCCUUGGCACUCGGGUUAGCCUUGUGGAUGAUGGACACAUUGCGUAUUUCUUUGUCGCCAGUAGCGUCAAUAGCACUGUGGCUAGAGGUCACGGCAGGAGGUCCAUAGCUGUGUACCGGCCGCUGUCAACCGAGGACGGCUUUGAGGUGACGCUCGGGAACCUGACAGUGCUGCCCAAGCUGCAGGACUCUUACCCCAUCGACUACAUUUACAGCUUCCACGACGAAAGGUAUGUGUAUUUCCUGUCGGUGCAGAAGGAGAACAUUGACGACGCCUCCUCGCCUGUCCAGACACGGCUGGGCAGACUCCCGGCUAAGAACCCCGAAGUCUGGCUGUACCGCGAGCUGGUGCUCGAGUGCUACUUCUCGCCCAAGAGGAGGCGGCGGAACGUGGGCGCCUUCGGGGAGGUGGUGUACCGUGCCCUCCAGGCGGCACACACCAGCCCGGUGGGCGAGGAGCUGGCGCCCGAGCUCGGGGUGAAGGCCCACGAGCCCAUCCUGUACGGGGCGUUCGCCCGCAUCGAUGCGUCGGGCAGGCUGCUGCGGGAGUCGGCCCUGUGCGCCUUCCCCGUCAGCGCCAUCAACAAGGCCAUUGACGACGGCGUGGAAAACUGCUGCAGGGCCAGCAAAGAGCAGCUGUCCAGGGGCCUGUGCCAGUACCAGGCCUGCAUGAGCUGUCCUCAUGAGAAUGUGGAGCAAAACUGUAAGUACCAGCCCACCCUGGUCUCCAGUCCGUUUCGAAGGGCGGUGCUGUUCAACAAGCAGAUGACGGACGUUCUCCUGACCUCCCUCCUGGUGACCACCAUAGACCAUGUGACCGUGGCACACAUUGGCACCGACAACGGACGACUACUGCAGGUGGUGCUGCGGAGGACAAAUCCCAUCAUCUAUGCCAACUACUCCCUCAGUGAGGGCCAACCCGUAUCCCGAACCUCCACCAUCCAGUCAGACAACUCCCUGCUCUUCGUUGUCGGGAACAAGCUGAUCAGUGUGUCCCCAAACGGCCCGGGCUGUGCCCACUUCUCCAACUGCCACCUGUGUCUGGAUGCCCCCAGCUUCAUGGGCUGUGGCUGGUGCGGGGACCGGUGCAGUCUGCAAAGCCAGUGCAAUGCCAGUGUCGACCAGUGGAGGAGCAACACUUGUCCGCCAAUCAUCACUGGGUUUCUCCCCAGGACGGCGACCCCGGAUGGCAGGGCUGAGCUGACGCUGUGUGGCUGGGAGUUCCAGUCUCUGGCCCGGCCCAUCUUCACCCCUGAGACGCACCAAGUGAGCGUGGGGAAAACUCCCUGUACUGUGCUGCCACUCAAGAGCAGCAGCACCAGGCUGGUGUGCGAGAUUGGCAAGAAGGUGUCUGAGGUGUCCCAGCCUCUGACCAUCACGCUGAACGUAGACGAGAGAAGGGUGAAAAGUGGAGCACGCUACUCCAUCCAGGGCCAGGCUGAGAAAGACGGCUUCAUGUUUGUGGUGCCAAAGAUCACAGGCUUCACCCCCAGCUUUGGGCCCCAGGUCGGGGGUACAAGCAUCACUGUCUCAGGGACACACCUGGAUGCUGGAACAGUUAAGAAGAUCUAUUUGGAUGGCACAGACUGUCCCAUCCAGAGUACAUUCUUCAAUGAAUCCAUGACCUCGGUCACUUGCCUCUCCAAAGGAUCGCCUACACUAGGAGAUGUCCCCGUCAUGAUGACGAUCGACCAGUCACAGGUGACUGCAGCACAGCUGUUCCGCUUCAAGAAGACCCCGGUGGUGACAAAUGUCUCACCAAAUUGUGGGUUUAUCAGUGGAUCCAACAUUACAUUCACCGGCAAGAACUUGGACUCUGUAGUGAGAUCUACGGUUCGAUUCAAACCAGACAAUUCAGGCAUUACUUACUCUCAGGAGUGUAAGCACACGGGGCAUCCCACUGAGGUGCGGUGCCUGAGCCCCCAGUGCCCGGAGUCUGAUGGGAUGCUGUAUGUGGACAUGGAUGGAGCCAAGGGCCUGCUGAAGAGCCGCUUCUCUUGCCACCCUUACGCCCGACCAAUCCCCAUCGAGCAGGAGGACCACACGCUCAAGCUCAGCCCAGGCCAAGACGAAGUCUCCCUGCAUCAUGUGAAACUUACUGAGGUCCAGUCAUGCAUGAAAAUUAACAUGACUCUGGGAGGGGUGGACUGCCAUGCCAAGAUUUUGGAGAAUGAGAUCACCUGCAGGAUACCCAAAGACCUGAUCAUCCCGACCGAGGGAGUCGCUGUUCGGGUGUCUGUGAAUGGGCAGAUCCAUGAGGUGGGCUGGGUGAGGUACGUGCGCAAUGAGACGGUGGCGAUCAUCGUGUGUAGCAUAAUCUUGGCCCUGCUGGUCGGGGCGGCCCUGGCCUCCAUCAUCAUGUACACACUCAGGAAGAAGAAGAAGAAGGCAGCCAUUGAGAAUCGGUUGUCUCGUCACUCCAGUCGAGGUGGGCCAGGCUCCGACCAUCUCCUCAUGGGGGACUACAGGAGAGUCUCCCACUCUGAAACUCCUGUGUCGCCAGAUCCCUCCUUCAGCCCCACGUCUGGCGGCGGCUCCGGCUCUGGCUCGGCCCCGCUGGCCUUCCACGGUCUGGCCUACGCCGGAGCCUUCAGCGCCUCGCUGCCCCUGCUCGCCCCAGACGGCAUCAACAUGAAGGCCCUCCGAGACGACCUUCUGGAGGAGGUCAAGGACGUGCUGAUCCCUGCCGACACGCUCACCGUCCACUACGGACAGGUUAUCGGAAAGGGUCAUUUUGGAACGGUGUACCACGGCUACCUGAAGGAUGGCCAUAAUAAUGAGACGCACUGCGCCGUCAAGUCACUGACCAGAAUAACAGACCUGGAGGAGGUGGAGCAGUUCCUGCGUGAGGGUAUCAUCAUGAAGGCGUUCCACCACCCCCACGUGCUCUCUCUCCUGGGCAUCCUGCUGCCUGCAGAGGGCCUGCCCCUGGUCGUCCUGCCCUACAUGAAACACGGGGACCUGCGCCACUUCAUACGCAGCGAGCAGAGGAACCCCACCGUGAAGGACCUGAUUGGCUUUGGUCUCCAGGUUGCCAAGGGAAUGGAGUACCUGGCACAGAAGAAGUUUGUGCACAGGGACCUGGCGGCACGCAACUGCAUGCUGGACGAGUCGUUCACAGUGAAGGUGGCCGACUUUGGCAUGGCGCGGGACGUGUUCGAUAAGGAGUACUACAGCAUCCAGGACCAUAAGAAGGCCAAGCUGCCUGUCAAGUGGAUGGCUCUAGAGAGCCUGCAGACACAGAAGUUCUCCACCAAAUCAGACGUGUGGUCGUUUGGUGUGUUGAUGUGGGAGAUGUUGACCAGGGGAGCCAGCCCCUACCCAGAUGUGGACCCCUACGACAUGAGCCACUUCCUACUGAAGGGCCGCCGCCUGCCCCAGCCGCAGUACUGCCCCGAUGCACUGUUCUCGGUGAUGCUGCAGUGCUGGGCUCCCGAGCCGGAGACGCGGCCCAGCUUCCACGGCCUGGUGCAGGUGGUGCAGGAGAUCCUGUCCUGCCUGGAGGGGGAGCACUACGUGGCCACCAGGGUCACCUACGUCAACUUGGACCAGCCGCGACCCUACCCUGCACUCACGACCGCCAGCUCCAUGGACACUCUGUCAGAUGACCAAGAAGGCUCUUCCUGACACACACCCCCCCUCCCGAAAUCUCCUCCUCCAGCCCAAUGAGCCCCAAAACUUGCCGUGAUGUCCGACAUGUUCUGUUUCAAGCGAAGCAAGCAGGGGCUCUAAAUUAACACCCGCAAACCAGGCAAACGCGGGUGGAAAAAUUCAAUUUGGUUGGUAGAAAGUAGAAUUUACCAGCCACUUUGACCCAUUAGGGAGUUUUGUGUCUGGCUAGUAAGAUUAACAUCUACUAUCCAUUUUGGCUGGUAAUGAAAAAAGUUAAUUUAGAGCCCUGGAAGCAAGUAUGUACGACUGCUGCCUGUUAUGUGUCUAUGCCACUGGAUGUAACUCGUACCGGCUUCGGUUGCAUUGAAUCGAGAGUGUCUGGUGUCACACGAAAAAGGCCCAUUGCCCUGGAAACCCUGCAGUGCAUCACCCCAACCCCACCCCUCUGGCCUCUGGGAUAGCCCUGGCAGUGUGGAACGUCAGUGGACCUCGACUACAGGAGGAUACCGGCCACAGAUGCGGAGGUAAAGGGGCAGUCUCUGAUGGCUUCUCCUCGCACAUACACCCCCACGUGAAGAGUCGGACAUGGGGUGGAGGGAGCCAUGCCUUCAGUGUGGGAGUGCUGCUUAGUGUCUGGUCUACACAGUCUCACACCCAUCUCAUCAAUACUGUACAUGUUACUUUGAACAGGCCUCAAUAUAUGAUGCCAAAACUGUACCCCUUUGUGUUACAUCAUGACUCAAAAGGCAAAGGUACCCCUCUUUGUGUCGCAUAGUGACGCAAUGGGCCGCGACUGUGACAAGUAUGUUUCUGUGACAGUCACGUUUAAGGGAAAGGUUUAAGUGUUGGCAAUCUGGCCUUAUACUUCUUUAUGUAAAACGAAAGGGUAACCUUUGUCGUCAUAUCUUGAGACCUGGUCAUAAAUGAUAGUUUUGGUGUCAUGUUGUUGAUCAUAUUGAUGCGCUGGGUGUAAGACUGGGUUGGUCUGGUCAAGAGAGGACAAUGAGAGACGUGCUGGGAGACUUUUUGCAGUGUAUUGUUUACAACAGCUGCAACACUGAAACUUGAAUGUGACCGUGGAGGAUUUAUUUUUGUGUCUUUUUUGAGUCUAUUGAUAUUUCACAGCCAUGCUUGAUUUUCUCAGAAAUGCUUGCAAGCACUGAUUUUUUUUCCCCCAUCUAAAUCCUUUGUGACUAAUUUCUGACUGCAACAAUGUGGCAUUUUUUAAGAGACUUUAUAUUACAGCACAAAGAAUUUCUGGUGAAUGAACAACUCUUUUUUAUACUUCACAACUGUACAGAGAAACACAAUAAAUUGAACUUUAAAGUUUGAGUUGGCCUAAUGUUUGAUGGCUUCUGAUAUCCUUACUUGGUUGCACAAGUCAAUACUCCAUAUACAAUAUACAAUAUCCAUAUACAAAAGGCAAAAAACACCUG